UCUGUUCUGCGUGUAGUUACUGUAACUGACCGCUGGGUGUCACUGUCGCCGCUGAAAUCACGCGCGCAGGUGCCGCGCAUUAUAACCGCCGGCGGGAAAGAUGAACACACAAACACACACACGGUCAUGACGGAGGUUUAAAUAAGCAGAAGUGAUUAAUGACUGGAGCGUGAGAGAGAGAGAGACGAUGCAGCCGCUGCAGAUGCUGGAGGUUCCCGGGUUCAGACAGAAGCUGCUGGAGGCCUUGAGUCUGGGCAGACGGCAGCAGUACAGCUUCCCCCUCAUGCAGAGGGAGGAGCCGCUCACAGACGCGCAUGUCCCCCGGGGCCGCAGCCCCUCCCUGCCCGGAUCCUUCUGCAGAGCCGAGGAUGAGAGCGAGAGCGAGCUGCUGUAUCUCUCUUUCGUCACAGCCUCCUCCUCCAUCCCUCCGCUCUCCUCGUCAUCCUCCUCAUCAUCUGAGAGCGAAAGCACGUCGUCGAGGCGCUCGCGCAGACGCAAACGCAACAGUCAUGGCGUGAGAGAGCCACUCGUCAUGGGAAACCAGGACGGAAAGCUGAAGCGCUCCGGUGGAGGGGAAGCAGGAGGUGCGGUGGAUGAGAAUGGAGCUCACGAGGGUGUAAAGAAAGGGAAGAAAUCCCAUGGAAAGGGAGGGGAGGGAGGGAAGAAGAAAAACAAAUCAGACAGAUCCUCUGUUUUCCCUCACAUACGGAAGCGUAAGAACCUGAAAGCGAAAGGGUUGCUGAGCGCCUCCAAAGAAGAUGCGCUGGAUGAACUUGAUAGCGUUCCAUCUCUGUGCAAUAAGACGCCAGAUCUCUCCGGAGAUGAGCUCGGGACAGUCUGACAUGGAGACCGAGAGGCCUCGUCUGGUGGCUGACAGCAGGCAGACCACACUGGAUGCCACCGACGGCCCCGAGGAAGAGGAGAAGAUCCGCAGCUCCGGAUCCGACACGGAUAUGUAUAGUUUCCACUCUGCCGCCGAGCAGGAAGAUUUGCUGGCUGACAUCCAGCAGGCCAUCCGGAUGAAGCAGGGAGUGAUGCUCACCACUGCCGUCGAGCUUCCCUGGGAGAAGGAUUGUAAACAAACCAACGGCGGGGACACUAAAAACACUCCGACCCCCCGACUCGGAGCAAUUUACAGUGCUGGAAGCCUUUCCUAAACAAGAGCACGUUAGUGCGGCGCACCUCCCUGAGGAGAGGGUAGACGAGGAGACGGCUGUGAAUGGAGACUCAGAUGCGGCCCUUUGUACCAUCACAAAAGAGCCUGAGGCCCCCCUUCCUCCUCCAGCGGUUGUCAAGACAACCAGUGAGUGCAGCUUCCCAGACCUCACUGCUUCGUUUGAAAGUGCAGUGGAGGCCGUGGAAGAGGACGAUUCAGCUCCGGACGCUCCCAGCACGGAUACCCUGUCGGCGGGGUCCGUGGAAUGUCUGAGCGCCGUGGAAGUGAGCGAACGGCGCAAGAGCAGCGUGACGUUCGCGCACCAGGAAAGCCCCUGGCCACACGGCUGCUGAAGUCCUCGGUCAAGCCGUAUCCACCAAUCAGCACGUCCUACAUCAAAACCACCACGCGGCAGCUGAGCUCGCCCUCCUGCUCGCCCGCGCCGUCCCCGUCUCACAGCCCGCUGUUCACGCGGCGAGGGCCCGACGCCAGGGCCGAGAGGAGACGGGUCAAGCGGCAGCGCUCCUACAGCAUCACCGACCCCAUCAGCCGCUCCGCCGACUGGACCGAGGAACUUCGGACUCUUCCUCCGAAAACGGCCAGAUCGGCUGACUAUCUGGAGUAUGGAGGCUCGGAGGGAACGCUCAGGAAGGGCGGCCCGGCGCUCGCUGCCACACGGAGGGCGUCUGCAACUCAGGCGUCGACAUGCAGCUUUCAGGAAGUUUUCACAGGCCGGACGUUGCUGGAGAAGUUUUUCCAGCAGGAGGAUUCCAGCGAGCCGGAGGAGGCGGAGAAGAUUUGCUCCAGGAUCCUGGCAUGGGUCUCCUGCUUCCCUUCAGUGACUGUUUCAGAGAGGCGUGCGGCAGCAGCGGACAGAUCGCACCCAAAUUUGAC